UCUGUGCCAGCUGAUUUUGUAGAAUAUGAAAAAAGAAACCCUGGUAGUCAGAAGCGAUUUCCUAGCAACUGUGGCCGUGAUGGAAAACUGUUUCUCUGGGGACAAGCCCUUUAUGUCAUCGCAAAACUCCUGGCUGAUGAAUUAAUUAGUCCUGAAGACAUUGAUCCUGUUCAGCGUUAUGUCCCACUACAGAAUCAACGUAAUGUGAGCAUGAGGUUUUCCAAUCAGGGCCCACUGGAAAAUGAUUUGGUUGUUUAUGUAGCGCUCAUAGCAGAAAGCCAACGCCUUCAAGUUUUCCUCAACACAUAUGGUAUUCAGACUCAAACUCCUCAACAGGUAGAACCCAUUCAGAUCUGGGCCCAGCAGGAGCUUGUGAAAGCUUAUUUCCAUCUGGGGAUCAAUGAAAAAUCAGGACUCUGCGGAAGGCCAGAUAGGCCCAUUGGCUGCCUCGGUACAUCAAAGAUUUAUCGCAUUCUAGGAAAGACUGUGGUUUGUUACCCUAUCAUCUUUGACCUAAGUGAUUUCUACAUGUCUCAAGAUGUUUUACUGCUGAUAGAUGACAUAAAGAAUGCACUACAGUUUAUUAAGCAAUACUGGAAAAUGCAUGGACAUCCACCUUUCCUUGUUCUCAUCUGGGAAGACAAUAUAAGAGGUAGCUGAUUCAAUCCCUUAUUAGAUAUGCUGGCAGCUUUUAAGAAAGGAGUGGUUGGAGGAGUGAAAGUUCACGUUGAUCGUCUACAGACACUAAUAUCUGGAGCUGUGGUAGAACAACUUGACUUCUUACGAAUCAGUGACACAGAAGAGCUUCCAGAAUUUAAGAGUUUUGAGGAACUAGAAGUUCCCAAACAUUCAAAAGUCAAACGACAAAGCAGCACCUCCAAUGCUCCUGAACAAGAGCAGCAGCCAGAUGUCACCAUUACUGAAUGGAAAAACAAACCCACCCAUGAAAUUCUUCAAAAACCGAAUGACUGUAGUUGUCUGGCUAGCCAAGCCAUCCUGCUGGGUAUACUGCUCAAAAGAGAAGGGCCCAACUUCAUCACAAAGGAAGGUACCGUUUCUGAUCACAUUGAGAGAGUCUACGGAAGAGCUGGCAGAAAAAAAUGUUGGUCGGUGGUGUGCCAUACAGCAAGUCUUUUAAGUAAACUAGUGGACAGCCUGGCCCCAUCCAUUACUAAUGUUUUAGUGCAGGGCAAACAGGUAACUCUGGGUGCCUUUGGACAUGAAGAAGAGGCUAUCAAUCCUUUGUCUCCAAGAGUGAUUAAGAACAUCAUCUAUCACAAGUGUAAUACCCAUGAUGAGAGGGAGUCGGUCAUUCAGCAAGAACUGGUCAUUCACAUUGGCUGGAUCAUCUCCAAUAACCCGGAGUUAUCCCGUGGCAUGCUGAAAAUACGAACUGGGUGGAUGAUCCAUGCUAUGGGGUAUGAACUACAGAUCCAUGGCGGAAACAAGCCAGCCAGAGACUUAUAUCAGAUGUCACCUAGUGAAGUGAAACAGCUUCUCCUGGGUAUUCUGCAGCCUCGACGGAAUGGAAGAUGUUGGCUGAACAGGUGUCAGAUCGAUGGGUCUUUGAAUAGAACUCCCCCUGAGUUCUAUGACUGCGUGUGGCAGAUCCUGGAGCACACACCCAAUGGAAUCAUUGCAGCCGGAAGGCAUUUGCCCCAGCAACCAACCCUGUCAGAUAUGACCAUGUAUGAGAUGAAUUUCUCUUUCCUUGUUGAAGACAUGUUGGGAAAUAUUGACCAGCCAAAAUACAGACAGAUAGUUGUGGAGUUACUAAUGGUUGUAUCCAUUGUACUGGAAAGAAACCCUGAGCUAGAAUUUCAAGACAAAGUAGAUCUAGACCAACCGGCGAAAGAAGCAUUUCAUGAAUUUCAAAAAAAUGAGAGUCUACUAAAAGAACUGGAAAAACAAGAUGACAUGACUUCCUUUUACAGUACUCGCCCCCUGGGAAAAAGAGGAACAUGUAGCUAUUUGACAAGGGUCGUGAUGAAUUUGCUGCUGGAAGGAGAAGUCAAGCCAAGCAAUGAUGACCCAUGUCUGGUUAGCUAGUGAGGAAGGUGUUAGAGACUCUGUUGAGGCAGGUUUUCCAGAAGUGUGUUAAGUUUGUGUUGAAGCUUAAUCACGGCAGCCAUUAAUUGGUAUUAUAAUGCUAGAAAAAGAUACCAGUAUGCAUCAUAAAAGCAAAAUCAGCCAGUUGAUAUUUUGAUUCUCAAACUGCAUUAUUGAUAAUAUUUUAGUAUACAGAGCUAUUGUACAAUUUUUGCCUUGUAAACAUGAUUGUGGUUUUGUAUUUGUGCUAAC